UAAAGUAAGCGGCUGUGUCAGUUCAGUUUGUGUAAAGGAACGUUUAUAACAACUUUUAACUUCUAAGUGCGUUUCUUCUUACCACAUUUCGCAUUAUUGGAUGGACUGAAUGGAUUACAAACAGGAUGAAUUCAGCUUCCUAUAAGUUUGAUGAUGGACAGAGUUUUCCUACUCAGUGUUUUCCAGGAGGUACACUACAGCACCGACGUGAAGACGGAGCUGGUCAUUGGUCUGUGGCCUACAGAGAGACAGAGCGGAAGACAUGCAGGACUGUGAACAGAAGAAUUAAAGAGACUUACAAGAAAUGUGAGAGCAGAGAGGCUCAUUCUCUUCAAGGUGUUACAUUAGAUGGACGGCUCCUGCUCCAGUUACAUUGUGUUGACAAGCCGUCUGAGCUCUGCUCUGUGAACAUCAGUGAGCAGAAGCUGAACUCUGUCAAACCAGAGGACUUGAAAAAGUUUGAUAAUGUCGCUUACAUCGAUGCUUCCAUUAACUACCUUUCUUUAGGAUCUUUCAGCAGUUUUACGUCUUUGAGAGAACUCAACCUGUCUUUAAAUGGAAUUUGCAAUAUGACAUUUGAUGCCGUUGACUUCCCUUAUCUUGAGAUUUUGGAUUUGUCCUACAACCGUUUAUCAGCUGAUGCCAUCGUUUCCGUCGGUCAGCUUCCACGUCUUAAAGUCCUUCACCUGACUGGAAAUCAGCUUCAUCAUCUUCCUCCUGAUCUGUGUUCCCCAAGGCACGAUACCACUCGGCUGCAGGCCAAAGUGGAAGACCCUCAGUUUAAAGCUCUAGAAGUCCUGCUGCUUGAUGAUAACAGACUGUCCAAUGAAGUCUUCAACAGUCUUAAAGAUCUUAAGAGACUAAAGCAUUUAAACUUAGAAGGAAACUACAUCUCUGAAGUUCCAUCUUUGUUUCUGAUGGGCUCUUCGAAACCUGUGCAGAUACCUACUGAAGGGAGAGAAGAAGGAGAGGAAUGUGCCCAUAUUGACUCAAAUCCGAACACAGAUGAAAUUUUGAGGAGAAUCUUUCAGGGAGACGACUGGGAGGAGUACUUCAAAGGAGUCAAUGUUCCACUGCCAGAGCUUCAGUUCCUCAAUCUAGCAAACAACAAGAUUGCAAAUGAAGAAGCACUGAUGGCGGUCGCUCUGUUACCAAUGCUUCUUGAGGUGGACAUUCACUCCAACCCUCUGAGCACACAGAGGAGAGGAGCCUCUUCUUUACUGACCUACUUCCUCCAGGAGAAACUGGGAAUAACGAUAAAGCGUAAGAAGGGACAAAAAGUUGUGAAGCUCCCUCUGAAGGUGUCCACUGAUCCAGAAUGGAAGUUGGAAGGACAACUCCAGAAGCUGUCAAAGAAAACCCUGAUCACAACUGAAACUUGUCCUGCAAAAAAACAGCAUAAAAGUGAGCAGGCUGUUAAGACUGCAACAGGGUCUGAGGGCAAGAGCAGCAGAGAUAAAUAUACAGAAAACAUCUUUAUUACUCAGACAGCAGACAUACCUGAAUUUGAUCCACCUGAAAAGAAGGAAACCAUUGAGAACGAGGAGAGAAACAGCCCUGAACAAUUCACAAGCAGCACAAUGUUGAUGGAUGCAAAACCAAAUCCUGAUGUGUUGAAGCCCAUUAGAAUUCAAACAGCUGUUCGGAUGCUGGAACACACACUGAGGAAUCUUAAUGUUUACAGAGAUUCAAAACCAAAGCUUGACAGCAUCCAGACCCCAUACAGUGAAAAAGAGAAAAAGAUUAAGGAACUGCCACCUCUGAAACCAAUAAAGCAGCUGGCUGAACGAGUGGAUGAAAUGAUUAAGGAAAUGAAAGAGAGUACAACAAUAAAAGUAGUGGCUUUAGGCAGUGCCAUACACAGCACGCCCAUGAAAAAGGACGAGUAUAAGGAAGCUCUGUUACUGCUGAAGGAUAUGAGGGCCAAGUACAAGAUGCUUCAUAAGCAAACAAUGGAGCAAGAAGCCAGUAUUGAGUCUGACAGAAGUACCGACCCUAACGCUUCCCAGUCUUCACAUGUGCAGAUGCUCCACUAAGCUGUGGUUUCUUUUCAACUUGUUGGUGAUGUGAGUGAAACCUCAUGUUAAAAAAUAAACAAAUAAAUGAGUGCAUUCACGAAUAAUAAAUUAAUAAAUGAAGUCAAUAAUGAACUGAAUCUUGCAAAUCCUUGUGUAACCUAUUUAAUGACAAAAACAUACAUUUCCCUUCGAAUAAGAAACCUGCUUCCUGCAAUUCAAUUCACAAGCUCCAAACAGAUGUUGUUUUUUUUCUCCAGUCCAAAAAGUUUAUCUAGUAAACCUCCAUCUGGCUGAAGUGUGCUUGAAACAAUACUGCUUUAUACUGAUUUUCUUUAUGAAGAAUCGCACACUCGGCCUCUUGACGAAGCACAAGAUCAUUUCUAGCAUCGGAAGGAUUUUACUUCACUGCUGCAGGACAAAAAAAUUGGAAGCUGAACAUGUUGCUUUAGAACUUGCAGGUAUUUGAAAAAUAUUGUGCGUCUUUUGGGUACUGCAAUAAGCUUAUUCUGGAUGGACACUGUAUACGUUUUGCUGAGCAAUAUCCUUAAGUCAUGUGGAAUGUUAAGUAUCAGUAUCAGACUCAAGUUGUCCAAGUUUGAACAGAACUUUGCAGCUAAGAAUGAUUUAUGGUCCAUUACUAAAACUAGAAGUUAAUUUUAGUUAAGUCUUAUUUAUACAAAAGAUGAUGCUCAGAAAACAUAGAAUAAAAGGUAUUUUAAAAUUUCACACAGAGACGUUUUACAUUCGUUGUUUGGUCCCUGUCUAAUUUCAUGCUCCUGUCUGUCAUAUGAUUUCCAUUAUUCAUCUACGCAGCAGCUUGCAGAUGUGGAAUGUACGUUCAGUGGAAUAAAUCAGUUGGCCC